CAUUUUUCUCGUUUGGGUUCAUAUCCUCAACCAUUCAUUCUUCAAGCUGCAAAUGUCCAGAGCCUCCGUAAGCUCAGCCGCUGUCCCUACCUAUUCCUCCUUCCGCCGCUUCUCCCUGAAGCCAUCAUACUCUAUUUCGAAUGCCAGAACCUGCAGCACAGCUUCUACUGCGGCAACAUCCACGACGCGCAUCCUAUCUGGCCAUGUCAUUCCUCACCCCUCAGUGGAAGUUAUUGGCGGAGCUAGAGAUGUUAUCCUUCCCGCAUUGAAAUCCCUUCACAACAACACCUAUCGUCCAUACCCUAUAAUUGGAUGGAAUCGGCACGCGGAGACAAUUUACGCAGCUUUUUUUCGGACCCUCCCAGAUGUCAAGCUUCGGCGAGAGUGUUUGCGCACCAGAGACGAUGGUUCUGUAGCACUCGACUGGGUUUCUGGAGACGAUAGUCUGCCGCCGGACUGUCCCGUGCUCAUCCUACUGCCAGGCUUGACUGGGGGAAGCGAGGACUCUUAUGUUAGACAUAUGUUGGUGAGAGCUAAAAAUAAAGGCUGGCGAGUUGUGGUUUUCAACAGCAGAGGCUGUGGAAAUAGUCCUGUGACCACUCCUCAGUUUUAUUCAGCUUCAUUUCUUGGUGAUAUUCAUGAAGUGGUAGCACAUGUUGGCAAUUGCUACCCAACGGCCAACUUAUAUGCCGUGGGAUGGUCUCUUGGAGCAAAUAUACUUGUUCGAUACCUUGGCCAGCAAUCUGAUUCUUGUCCUCUGUGUGGUGCCGUGUCCUUGUGCAACCCAUUCAACUUGCCUAUUGCAGAUGAAGAUUUUCGUAAGGGCUUUAACAUUGUUUAUGACAAAGCACUAGCGAAAGCUCUCAGCAAGAUCUUCAAGAAGCAUGCUCUUUUGUUUGAAGAUAUUGGGCGCGAAUAUAAUAUUCCAUUAGCAGCUAAUGCAAAAUCUGUCAGAGAAUUUGAUGAUGGCCUGACAAGAGUUUCAUUUGGGUUCAAGUCAGUGGAUGAGUAUUAUUCAAACUCAAGUAGCUCAGAUUCGAUUAGAUAUGUCAGCACUCCUUUACUUUGCAUCCAGGCUGCAAAUGAUCCAAUUGCUCCAUCAAGAGGGAUCCCACAUAAAGAUAUCGAGGAAAACCCAAAUUGUUUGCUGAUAGUGACACCUCAAGGUGGGCAUCUUGGAUGGCUGGCUGGCUCGGAGGCCCCAAAUGGAGCUCCCUGGACGGAUCCCAUUGUGAUGGACUUCCUACAACAUCUUGAGCAAGCUAAAUCUACUACUCAUUUGGAAUCCGUGAACGACAGUAUUGUAAAUUUGUAAUAGUGGGCGCCAAUAUUUUAGUAGACAAUCAGAAACGUAAUUGAAUUUAUGAUUAUUGAGAUAAAGGACCUUUUUUAGCAAAUCAUUAUAUUACUGUAUUUAAAAACACAUUUAAGUGACUGGCUGGUAAGUUCUUCACAGAGGACAGUCUAAUAAAUAAGAUUACUCCUUACCAUUAACCUUA